CGUGAGUCACUUUCCCCUCCCCCUCCACCCCUUUCGCCCGAGCUCCGGCGAUAUCAAGGCGAUCCCCGUCGAUUUCGGCUUCAAGACGAUAUUUAUCGCCGGUAAGGCGGCGGAAGCCGGGAGGUAGGAGCGGGAAUCGCUCGCUCGGCCGCCGGCCUGCCGCGGACGUCGGUAAACGUCGGUAAAUCGGUGGUUUCCGGCGGUAAGGCGGCGAUUACCGACGGUACGGUGUCGGUAGAGAAACCGGUGUGGCCGUCGUGGAGCGGGAUCCGCUAAUACCGAGCGGUAUUUGGAGAUUCCCGAGCGGUUUUCGUCGCUUUUGGACCGGCAAAUGGUGGAUCCGGUGUGGGAGCAUGGAGAGAAGAGAGGUAAUGGAUGGAAGUGCAACUAUUGCCAUCAACAGAGGAAUGGGGGAGGAGCAACAAGGCUUAAGGAGCAUUUGGCGCAACGUGGGAAGGAUGCGAAGGACUGUCCUUCGGUCCCUCUUGAAGUGAAGACGUUUUUUAACCGUGAGCUUGACAGGAUCAGAGGCAAAAGGAUGGAAAGGGAGCGGUCAAAGAUGAGGGCCGAUGAGGCAGCUAGAAGUAGUUAUGUGCACUUGGAAGAUGAGGAAGAUGAUCCAGAUAUGCAAGAGGCCCUACAUCAAUCACGUCAGGAGUUUCAAUUUCAGCAGAAGGCCGGUCCACGGUAUGAGAGGGGUGGUGGCUCUGGUUCAGGAGGUGGCCCAAGAUUGACGAGGAGUCAGACACAGAUCCCUCAAAGACUUAGAGAUUUCCACCUAGCGACCGUCUCUGGACCGCGGCAGUCAAGGAUAGAUACUGGACCAUGGACCAACAAGGGUAGGAGUGCGAAGGAAAGGGUGGGAAAAGCUUGGGCAAAGGCACUGCAUGCACUUGGUAUACCUGGUAGGAAAGUGGAUGACCCCUAUUUCAGGGUAGCCAUCAUAGAGACACAAAACCAAGGAGUUGGUGUCCAGCUGCCAACUGGCAAGGAGAUAGAUGGCAAGUACUUGGACGCUACUAUAACUGAGAUUGAAAAGGAGAUAGAGAAGUGGAAGGAAGAGUGGCCACAACAUGGUCUGACAAUUAUGUGUGAUUCUUGGACCGGUGUAAGUCGUAACAGUGUCGUCAACUUCUUAAUUUAUAGCAAUGGGAUGAUGUACUUUUGGAAGUCUGUCGAUGCAACUGGUGUGGUUCAAGACCAUGCAUUCUUGCUAACGGAGAUCAAAAAAAUUGUACGUGAUGUUGGGCCCGAAAAUGUUGUGCAGAUUGUCACAGAUAAUGGCUCAAACUUCAAGAAGGCAUGUGCGUUGUUGCAUGAGGAGUACAACCAUAUCGUGUGGCAGCCAUGUCUUGCACACACCAUCAACCUCAUGUUGAAGGAUAUAGGGAAAUGGCCUGAGCACGAUGCAAUGAUCAAAAGUGCCCAGAGGAUAUGCAGCUGGAUGUACAAUUCAAACAGUCUACAUGCCAUGAUGAGUAAAGCCAUAGGAGGUGAGUUGGUUAAAUGGAAUGCAACUAGAUUUGGCACCAAUUACAUGUUUCUAGAGACCUUUUUGAGGAAGAAGGAUCAAUUCAUGGCAUGGAUGGUGUCUCCAGAAUUCAGAAAUUCACGCCAUUUCAAGUCACCUGAAGGUCAGUAUGCAUUUCGGUCUCUCACAGCACUUGACUGGUGGAAUGCCAUGCAGAGUGUUAUUGAUGAUGUUGAGCCUCUAUACAUUUUUUUGAGAUUUGCUGAUCAUGACAAGACUCCAACUUUGGGAGAAGUGCUCAUGGAAUAUCAAAACACAAGGCAAACAUAUGCAAGCAAAUUUGCUCAUGAUGAGGCCCGUUUUCGAAAGAUCACAAAUGAUAUCAUCGCUCGAAGGCUGGUUACUGUGAUGAUGGGCACAUAUGUGCAAGCUGCUUGUACACUCCAUCCAUAUGUCAAUUAUGUAAGUGGAGUGACGGACGGUGUACUGGGAGAUAUGAAGAGGGGGAUGGAAAUGAUGUUUGACACAACCAGAGCGACCAAAGCACUUCAGGAGUAUGAGUACUUCAGGAGGAAGUAUGGAGAAUUUGGGAGCGACUUAGCUAUUAGGAUGGCAAUGGAUCGCUCCACCUCGCCAGCUAGUUGGUGGUCUAUGUUUGGAUCAGAUACACCAACACUUCAGAGGGCAGCGAUGCGUCUACUCUCACAAUGUGUGUCCUCAAGUGGAUGUGAAAGAAAUUGGAGUACGUUUGCCUUCAUCCAUACAAAGCUACGCAAUAGGAUGGGUCACAAGAAGCUCCACAAAUUGGUGUUUGUCAACUACAACCUUCGGCUUCGUAUCCAGCGUGCUAAAGCCACACCUGAGCCAAGUGACUUCGAUCCUAUUGCCGGUAUGAUGGACCUCUCAUUGUAUAGGCAACAAUCAGCUAUUCGCAAGUGGAUGGAGCUAGGGAGGUCCAAUGCAGCGCCGGCUUUGGAUGAGGAUUCUGAUUUAAGUGACACCCCAGUUCCUAGCACCAUCGUUACAGAUAUUGCACGUGAUAUUCCAGAGCUACGGAAUUUGGAUGUACGUGAAUGGGCAGAAGAGACUGUUGGUGACACACAUGUUGGUAAGAGAAAGACACGUGUUGGACCAUCGGAUCGGCAAAGGAAGAAAGGAAAAAGACAGGAUGACAUUGAAGAGGAAGAAUUUAGAACAGAUGACAGCACACCUGAUCCUAGUGUCGGUGAUGAUGAUGAUCAUGAUGAUGGGGGUGACGACAGCAGCACCGAUGCUAGUGAUGAUGGGAUUGGCAGUGGGGGAUAUGUAGGCGGAGGUGGCGGGGGUGAUGAUGUAGUUGGAGGUGGAGAGGGUAUGAGGUUUACCGGGGAGAGCCAGUUCACUCAUGCCACACAAGAUACGGAUCAUGGUGCACCUAGCUCACAACGACAGACUAGAAGCAGUGCACGUCAUUCUAUUCCCCAUGAUGAUGAUAGCUCUAGCUCAGUGAACACAGACUAUACUUAUCCACACUAUCCAUAUGACCAACCAUAUGCAUAUCCAUCAUCACAUCGAGUACCCUAUUUGCCACCCCCCUAUGUUGGCUAUACAAGCACCAACAUGCAAGAUGCUUACAAUGUGCAGGCUCAAGGAUAUGCGACAUAUGGUGCCUAUGGCGCAUAUGGGGCCUAUGGAGCCUAUGGCAAUAGCUCAUAUCAACAGGAUGAGACUGAAGAAUAAACUCCAUGUGGUAUGUAUCGUGUCAACUACUAUGUAUUAUGUAUAUUGACGAUGAUGGUUUGUAAGGACUACGGUUGUGAUGAUUUGUAUGGACUAUGAUUGUGAUGACUUGUAUGGACUGUAGUUGUGAUGAUUUGCAUGGACUAUUGUUGUGAUGAUCUAUAUGGACUAUGGAUGUGAAUUUCUAUUUUUAUGGAUAUGAACUUCUAUUC